UUUAUGAGCGACAGAAGCAAAGAUAACUAUAUUAAAUUGUGAGUAUGAGAAAAAAAAAUAGAAGUCCAAAUAUUGCUACAAGUGGCAAAAGCGAUGAAAAAAAUAUAAUAUGCGCCAUUAAGAGUAUUAGACUGUGAGCUUCCAACUCAAAAUCACUUGGAUAUGAUUGGAGAGGCCCAUAUCUUAUAUAUAACACUUAAGAUCAUGCUCAACUUCCAGUGUGGAUAUUGUUAUCUCUUAUACGCCCGUUCGAGAUGAUGGCUCUUUUACCCAUUGAUCUCGGUAUGUUUGGGCAUGGAUCGGCGGACCAAUUAUUUGGUCAGGCCGAUGUGGAUUUCGUUGAACAUGUGUGGAUCGGGCUCUGAUACCAUAUUAGACUUUG